AUAAAUACUGCUGUUUGAUAGUUUAUAUCAGACAAGAGACUUUUUUUCCUGCAUCAUAUAAAUCAAGGCUCCACGCUGGGAGGGAUGCUACAGCUUGGAUUUCCUUGGUGGUAGGAUGGGACCACAUGGACAUCAUUUCCCAGCUAUCAACACUACGGCCGCUUGAGAAGAAGAAGAAGAAGAAGAAGAAGAAGUGGCAGUGAGCCAGGCAGCUCAGCCAGCCAGUGUGCUGCCUGCCUCAGUGAACACAGCCCGGGGAGCACCGACAGGCGCGGAAAGGUGAUAGAGCUGUCAAAAAGAAAAGUGGAUUAUUACAGUCGCUGACGGCUGGAUCUCACCCUCGGCCCCGGUGAAGAGGAGAGCCACAGUCAUGUUGUCUUAGCCGGUCCAGAGAGAGUUGAACACCGGAGCGUUUUCCACAACCGAGGUGUUCCCUGUGUGUGUCAGACAUGUCGGAUAAGAUGUCCAGCUUCCUACACAUCGGGGACAUCUGCUCCCUGUAUGCAGAGGGAUCCACCAAUGGUUUCAUCAGCACCCUGGGCUUGGUGGAUGACCGCUGUGUUGUGCAGCCUGACGCGGGGGACCUCAACAACCCUCCGAAGAAGUUCAGAGACUGUCUGUUCAGACUGUGUCCCAUGAACCGCUACUCGGCCCAGAAGCAGUUCUGGAAAGCAGCGAAGCCUGGAGGGAACACAGACACAGUGCUCCUCAACAAGCUCCAUCAUGCAGCUGACUUGGAGAAGAAGCAAAAUGACUCUGAAAACAAAAAACUGCUUGGAACAGUAAUUCAGUACGGGAAUGUCAUUCAGCUCCUCCACCUGAAGAGCAACAAAUACCUGACAGUAAACAAGCGUCUGCCUGCGCUGUUAGAGAAGAACGCCAUGAGGGUGAUGUUGGAUACUGCUGGAAAUGAGGGCUCCUGGUUCUACAUCCAGCCCUUCUACAAACUACGCUCCAUUGGGGACAGUGUGGUGAUCGGGGACAAAGUGGUCCUUAACCCAGUGAAUGCUGGUCAGCCGCUCCAUGCCAGCACACACCAGCUCGUGGAUAAUCCAGGAUGCAAUGAGGUGAACUCAGUCAACUGUAACACCAGCUGGAAGAUCGUCUUGUUUAUGAAGUGGAGCGACAAUCAGGAGAUCAUCCUAAAAGGGGGUGACGUGGUACGGUUAUUUCAUGCAGAACAGGAGAAAUUCCUCACAUGUGACGAUCACAGAAAAAAACAGUAUGUUUUUCUCCGCACUACUGGACGGCAGUCAGCUACCUCGGCAACCAGCAGCAAAGCCCUAUGGGAGAUAGAGGUUGUGCAGCAUGAUCCAUGUCGAGGGGGGGCAGGCUACUGGAACAGCCUGUUCAGGUUCAAACACCUGGCCACUGGACACUACCUGGCAGCAGAGGUGAAUCCAGAGUAUGAAGAGGAGUGCCUGGAGUCCCGCUCCUCACUGGACUCAGAGCAAGAAGCCUUACGGGCCCGUUUGAGAAAUGUCCAGGACAAAGUCAUGUACACCCUUGUGUCUGUACCUGAUGGAAAUGACAUCUCUUCCAUAUUUGAGCUCGACCCUACCACAUUAAGAGGGGGAGACUCACUGGUACCCAGGAACUCGUAUGUGCGCCUCAGACACCUGUGCACAAACACAUGGGUUCACAGCACCAACCAACCAAUUGACAAGGAGGAGGAAAAACCUGUCAUGCUGCGUAUUGGCACCUCGGCACUGAAGGAGGACAAAGAGGCUUUUGCCAUUGUGCCCGUCUCCCCGGCUGAAGUGCGAGACCUCGACUUUGCCAACGAUGCCAGUAAAGUGCUGGCCUCUAUUGCGGGAAAGCUGGAAAAAGGCACCAUCACACAGAAUGAAAGGAGAGCGGUUACCAAGCUUCUGGAGGAUCUGGUGUUCUUUGUGGUGGAUAUUCCCAACAAUGGGCAGGAUGUUCUAGAGAUCAUGGUCAACAAACCCAACAGGGAACGACAGAAACUCAUGAGAGAACAGAAUAUUCUCAAACAGAUCUUCAAGCUGCUGCAGGCUCCAUUCACAGACAGUGGGGACGGGCCCAUGCUGCGACUUGAGGAACUGGCUGACCAGCGUCAUGCCCCCUUCAGGCACAUCUGCCGCCUGUGCUACAGGGUUUUGCGUCACUCUCAGCAGGACUACCGCAAGAACCAGGAGUAUAUAGCCAAACAGUUUCGCUUCAUGCAGAAACAGAUUGGCUAUGAUGUCCUGGCUGAGGACACAAUCACAGCUCUGCUCCAUAACAACCGCAAGCUGCUGGAGAAGCAUAUCACUGCUGCAGAGAUCGACACGUUUGUUAGCCUGGUCCGCAAGAACCGCGAGCCCAGGUUCCUGGACUACCUGUCAGACUUGUGUGUGUCAAUGAAUAAGUCCAUCCCUGUGACACAGGAGCUCAUCUGUAACGCAGUGCUGGAUCCAGCUAACGCAGACAUCCUCAUAGAAACUAAACUCGUGCUGUCGAGAUUUGAGAUAGAGGGUGCGCCGCUCGGGGAGAACUCUGUGGAGUCGGAGGAGGAUGAGGAGGAGGUUUGGUUGUUCUGGAAACACAGCAAUAAAGAGAUUCGCAGCAAAAGCAUCAGGGAGCUGGCCCAGGAUGCCAAGGAAGGCCAGAAGGAGGACCAGGAGGUGAUCAGUUAUUACAGGUACCAGCUGAACCUGUUUGCCAGGAUGUGUUUGGACCGCCAGUACCUGGCAAUCAACAAGAUCUCUGGCCAGCUGGAUGUGGACCUGAUCUUGCGAUGCAUGUCAGAUGAAGACCUGCCCUAUGAUCUGCGAGCCUCCUUCUGCCGCAUGAUGCUGCACAUGCAUGUGGAUCGUGAUCCUCAGGAGCAGGUUACACCUGUCAAAUACGCUCGACUCUGGUCUGAGAUCCCCUCAGAGAUCGCCAUUGACGAUUAUGACAAUGAUGGAACAUCUAAAGAUGAAAUUAAGGAGCGAUUCUGCCAGACUAUGGAAUUUGUUGAGAACUACCUGAGAGAUGUGGUGUGUCAGAGCUUCCCUUUUGCAGAUAAAGAGAAGAACAAGCUCACCUUUGAAGUUGUGAAUCUGGCCAGGAACCUGAUUUAUUUUGGCUUCUACAACUUCAGUGACCUGCUGAGACUAACCAAGAUCCUACUGGCUAUUCUAGACUGCGUCCAUGUGAGCACCAUUUUCCCUUUCAACAAGCUGGACAAAGAAGAUGAGAGUAAAGGCAGUAAUGUGAUGAGGUCCAUUCAUGGCGUAGGAGAGCUGAUGUCCCAAGUAGUCCUGAGAGGAGGGGGCUUCCUUCCCACAACUUCAAACAACAGCUCCAAUGGAGACACAGUCAAGACCCAGACUGAACCUGAGAAACAGGACAUACUGGUCAUGGACACCAAGCUCAAGAUCAUUGAGAUCCUGCAGUUUAUCUUGAAUGUCCGCCUGGACUACAGGAUCUCCUGUCUGCUGUCUAUAUUUAAAAGGGAAUUUGAUGAGAGCAACUCCCAGAGUGAAUUAUCUAUAACUGGAGCAGUGGAAGGACCAAACAAUAUGCCAGGAGCUUUGGAUUUUGAGCACAUAGAAGAGCAGGCAGAGGGGAUAUUUGGUGGAAGUGAAGAGAACACCCCGCUGGACCUGGAUGAUCAUGGUGGCCGUACCUUCUUGAGGGUCCUUCUCCACUUAACCAUGCAUGACUAUCCUCCUCUGGUGUCCAGAGCCCUCCACCUGCUCUUUAGGCACUUCAGCCAAAGGCAGGAGGUCUUGCAGGCUUUUAAGCAGGUCCAGCUGCUGGUCACCAGCCAAGAUGUGGAAAAUUACAAGCAAAUAAAGUCAGACCUGGACCAGCUGCGCUCUAUUGUAGAGAAGUCUGAGCUCUGGGUGUACAAGAGGCAGGGGCCAGACGAGGGCAUGGACGCAGGAGAGGGGCUCUCAACUGAGUCAGAGCAUAAAAAGGGGGAUUCAGGGAGCACAGACAAACCAAAGAAAGCAGAAAGUACCAGCAGUUACAACUACAGGGUGGUAAAGGAGAUUCUGCUGCGACUCAGCAGGCUAUGUGUCCAAGAAGGUCUGUCAGGUAGGAAGAGCAAGAAACAGCAACAGAGGCUGCUGAGGAACAUGGGGGCUCAUGCUGUCGUCCUGGAGCUCCUACAGAUCCCCUACGAGAAGGGAGAAGAUUUGCGUAUGCAGGAUAUCAUGAAGCUAGCCCAUCAGUUUCUACAGAAUUUCUGUGCAGGAAACCAGCAGAACCAAGCCCUGUUGCACAAGCACAUCAAUCUUUUCCUCAACCCAGGGAUUUUAGAAGCCGUCACCAUGCAGCAUAUCUUCAUGAACAACUUCCAGCUGUGCAGUGAGAUAAAUGAGCGUGUAGUUCAGCACUUUGUCCACUGCAUCGAAACACAUGGCCGCAACGUCCAGUAUCUAAAGUUCCUUCAGACUAUUGUCAAAGCAGAGAAUAAAUUCAUCAAAAAGUGCCAGGACAUCGUCAUGGCAGAGCUCGUGAAUGCUGGCGAAGAUGUUUUGGUCUUCUAUAAUGACCGCGCCUCCUUCCAGACGCUGGUGCAGAUGAUGCGAUCAGAGCGAGACCGCAUGGAUGAGAACAGCCCUCUGAUGUACCACAUACACUUGGUAGAGCUCUUGGCUGUCUGCACUGAGGGCAAGAACGUCUACACAGAGAUCAAGUGUAACUCCCUGUUACCACUGGAUGACAUAGUGCGGGUGGUGACCCAUGAGGACUGCAUUCCUGAGGUGAAGAUCGCCUAUAUCAACUUCCUGAACCACUGCUAUGUGGACACUGAGGUGGAAAUGAAGGAGAUCUAUACCUCCAACCACAUGUGGAAACUCUUUGAGAACUUCCUGGUUGACAUUUGCAGAGUGUGCAACAAUACAAGUGACCGUAAGCAUGCUGACACCGUUCUGGAGCGCUAUGUGACAGAGACAGUCAUGGGCAUUGUAACAACUUUCUUCAGCUCACCUUUCUCUGACCAGAGCACCAGCCUGCAGACCAGGCAGCCAGUCUUUGUACAGCUGUUGCAGGCAGUGUUCAGGGUCUACCAUUGUAACUGGUUGAUACCUGUCCAGAAGGGCUGUGUGGAGAAUUGUAUCAAGGUGCUCUCUGAUGUCGCCAAAGGCAGAGCAAUAGCCAUCCCUGUGGACCUGGACAACCAGGUGAACAACCUGUUUGUGAAGUCCAACAACAUUGUCCAGAAGACAGCCAUGAGCUGGAGACUCUCUGCUCGCAAUGCUGCCCGCAGAGACUCUGUGGUGACCGCUUCACGGGACUACAGGAACAUCAUUGAGAGGCUGCAGGACAUUGUGUCAGCUCUUGAGGACCGUCUGCGCCCGUUGGUCCAGGCUGAGUUGUCAGUUCUGGUGGACGUGCUGCAUCGGCCCGAGCUGCUCUUCCCUGAAAACACAGACUCACGCAAGAAGUGUGAGAGUGGAGGUUUUAUAUGCAAGCUGAUCAAACAUACCAAGCAGCUGCUGGAGGAAAAUGAGGAGCGACUGUGCAUCAAAGUUCUGCAAACACUGCGAGAGAUGAUGACAAAAGACCGUGGUUAUGGAGAGAAGCUCAGGGCCUUUGAUGAUGAGAUGGAUAUGCCUAAGCAGCUGGAUCAGAACCAGCCUGAGAAGUUGUUGGAGGACCAGAAGAGGGGCGAGGCACUGAGACAGAUUCUGGUGAACCGUUACUAUGGCAACUUUCAUCGAAGUGGUGGGCGGAGGGACAGCCUGACGUCAUUUAGCAAUGGCCCCCUCAGUCCGGUAGGACCAAGCAAAAACCAAUCAGCAUUAGGGGGUCCUGGGGGCCUGAGUCGCGGGGAUAUGGGCCUGGCAGAGGUACAGUGCCACCUGGACAAAGAGGGAGCCUCUGACCUGGUCAUUGACCUCAUCAUGAACACCACUAGUGACAGAGUCUUCCAAGAAAGCAUCCUCCUGGCUAUUGCGUUGCUGGAAGGUGGAAACACCACCAUCCAGCGUUCGUUCUUUUGCCGUCUGACAGAAGACAAGAAAUCAGAAAAGUUCUUCCGGGUCUUCUAUGACCGUAUGAAGCUGGCCCAGCUGGAGAUCAAAGCCACGGUGACUGUAAAUACCAGCGACCUGGGAAACAGGAAGAGAGAUGAGGACAGCCAGGACAAAGACAUCCCUGUUCGCAAAAAAGCCAGAGACUCAGCAGUGGCCAUGACAGAGGAUGUGAAAGAACAACUGUUAGAGGCCUCGUCUGCCACCAAGAAGGCCUUUAACUCUUACCGGCGUGAAGCUGACCCUGAGGACCACUUCAACUCAGCCGACGGCCAGCCCAGCACUGGGGACAAGAACCAGGACGAGGGAGAAAUGAGUUUUGUAAUCGUUAUCAUGCAGCCCAUCCUUCGCUUCCUCCAGCUACUUUGUGAGAAUCAUAACCGUGACCUACAGAACUUCCUUCGCUGUCAAAACAACAAGAACAACUACAACCUCGUGUGUGAGACUCUGCAGUUCUUAGACUGUAUCUGUGGCAGCACCACAGGGGGUCUCGGUCUACUGGGACUGUACAUCAAUGAGAAGAACGUGGCCCUCAUCAACCAAACACUGGAGAGUCUCACAGAGUACUGCCAAGGUCCCUGCCAUGAAAACCAGAAUUGCAUUGCCACUCACGAGUCCAAUGGAAUUGAUAUCAUUAUUGCCCUGAUCCUUAAUGACAUCAACCCACUUGGGAAAAAGCGGAUGGACCUUGUGUUGGAGCUCAAGAACAAUGCAUCCAAGCUGCUGCUCGCCAUCAUGGAGAGCCGCCAUGAUAGUGAGAAUGCAGAGAGGAUCCUGUACAACAUGAGGCCUAAAGAGCUGGUGGAGGUGAUAAAGAAGGCCUACCUGCAGGGAGAGGUAGAGUUUGAGGACACAAAGGAAGAGGAGGACAACGGGGAAGAGGAGGAACAUGAUGCCGCUUCCCCCCGAAAUGUUGGACACAACAUUUACAUUUUAGCUCACCAGUUGGCACGUCAUAAUAAGGAGCUGUCCAUGAUGUUAAAGCCUGGAGGGGCCAGUGGAGAGGGUGAUGAGGCCUUGGAGUUCUACGCCAAACACACAGCUCAGAUAGAGAUUGUGCGUCAGGACCGCACCAUGGAGGAGAUAGUGUUCCCCGUGCCCAACAUCUGUGAAUUCUUGACCUCGGAGUCAAAGCUGCGAGUCUACUACACCACAGAGAGAGACGAGCAGGGCAGCAAGAUCAACGACUUCUUCCUGCGAGCAGAGGACCUCUUCAAUGAGAUGAACUGGCAGAAGAAGCUCAGAGAUGUCCAGGGUGUAACCCGCCUCUCGCCCAGUGCAUGCUGGCAUAGACCUCAAUCCCUGCAAGCCUGGACACGAUAUGAGGCCCAGCCAGUGCUGUACUGGUGCUCCAGAAACAUGUCGGUGUGGAGUAACGUUUCCUUCAACCUGGCUGUGCUCAUGAACCUGCUGGUCUGCUUCUUCUACCCUCUGGAGGGGGUACAUGGAGUUAUGCUGGAUCCCCACCUGUCUGCACUGUUGUGGAUGGGAGUCUUGGUGACGCUGGUCAUCGUUAUCAUCAUGCCCCAACCGCUGGGCAUCCGUGCCCUCGUCAUUAUCACCAUCCUCCGUCUCAUUUUCUCUGUUGGCCUGGAGCCCACCCUCUUCCUUCUGGGUGCCUUCAAUGUGUGUAAUAAAAUCAUCUUCCUGAUAAGUUUUGUGGGGAACCGAGGAACCUUCACACGCGGAUACAAAGCCAUGGUGCUGGACUUCGAGUUCCUCUACCACCUCAUUUACCUCAUCAUCUGCUGCCUGGGAGUGUUUGUCCACGUCUUCUUCUACAGUCUGUUGCUAUUUGACCUGGUAUACAGAGAAGAGACCUUGCUGAAUGUAAUCAAGAGUGUGACUCGUAAUGGACGCUCCAUCGUGCUCACUGCUGUGCUGGCUCUCAUCUUGGUCUACCUGUUCUCCAUCGUUGGCUACAUUUUCUUCAAAGACGACUUCAUCCUGGAGGUGGAUCGUAUCCCCAACGCGACUCUGAAAAGUGUAGCCAGUCUGGCCAGCGAGUUUCUGUCUGCAGGAAUGUGUCAGGCAGGGAUUGAUGAGAACUGCACCACAGGAGCCCUGCAGGAAGAUUUUGGGGAUGACAACGAGGAGGACAGCGACAUGGAGCGGACAUGUGACUCUCUACUAAUGUGUAUCAUCACUGUGCUGAGUCAUGGCUUGAGGAGUGGCGGGGGUGUAGGAGAUGUUCUCCGCAAGCCUUCCAAAGAGGAGCCACUGUUUGCAGCCAGAGUGAUAUACGACUUGCUGUUCUUCUUCAUGGUCAUCAUCAUUGUCCUCAACCUCAUCUUUGGCGUCAUCAUCGACACCUUUGCUGACCUGAGGAGUGAAAAACAGAAGAAAGAAGAAGUCCUGAAGACUACGUGCUUCAUCUGUGGCCUGGAGCGGGACAAGUUUGACAACAAGACGGUGACUUUUGAGGAGCACAUCAAAGAGGAGCACAACAUGUGGCACUACCUGUUCUUUAUUGUGCUGGUAAAAGUUAAAGAUUCCACCGAAUACACAGGCCCAGAGAGCUACGUGGCUGAGAUGAUCAAGGAGCACAACCUGGACUGGUUCCCAAGGAUGCGUGCCAUGUCACUGGUGAGCAGCGAUGCAGAGGGAGAGCAAAAUGAAAUCAGGAACCUGCAGGAGAAGCUGGAGUCGACCAUGAGGCUGGUGGUCAACCUGUCUGGACAGCUGACUGAACUCAAGGAGCAGAUGACAGAGCAGAGGAAGCAGAAGCAACGGAUUGGUCUUCUUGGUCAUCCCCCUCACAUGAACAUCAAUCCCCAGCAGCCUGCCUGAGGGCCCUUGGGGCCAGUUUCACUAGUGCCUGAGCACUCCUGACAGGGUACCACAUGAUAGACAGGAGAAUGCCAAAAGGUGUCCAUCUCCAGUAUGUAUUUAGGUCGAUGUCUGACUGCAUACUUCACCAGACACUCCUACAAUAAGUGUUUCUACAGCAUGUGUGCUUCUGAGUGUCUGCGUAAAGUGAAAGUUAUCUGAGUACGUUACUCACGGUCUGUAGUGUGCAUGUGUCUGUGUGGAUGGAAUGUGCACCAAGUGCCUCGGGACCUGAGAAGGCAGUCCUGUAGGUUUAGAAGAUGACAACACUGACUUCAGCUUUACUACCCUGAAUGCCUUCUGCAUUGUACCACACUAACAGCAUGCCAAAGUUCAGCCAUUGUUCCUGAGGGAGUAUUCCUCUCAAGUGGCCUUGUAUUGAGGUUUUAAUCGUCAGUGUUGCACCAGCAAACUCAGGUCACAUGUGAAUUUGAAGGUUUGUUUGAACUCUGCAACAUAUUAUUUAAUAUUUUGCUUUUGACUGACAGCAAUAGGAAGACUUAAUGAUAUGCAAUGUCUAAAUAAGAAUGAACUAUUUUUGGGAACUGGCAUUUGCUUUUAUAAAGUUUCUUAAUACUGUUAUAAAACCUAUACAGUGUUUUGUUUGUUUUUUAUUUCUAGGGCAAGCAUUCGUUAUCACUUUCAUAAUUCUUUGAAAUCUCAAAUGAAGGUUCUAUUCGUUCCAGGACACUUUAGAUAAAAAAGACUUUUGAGGAGACAUUGAAACAUGUUUUUAUGAGAAGUAAUAUUUUGAAUAACAAACCACGUGAACCUACAAGGGAGAAGGAGCAAAUCGUGUGACUGCUUCACUCUGAAGCCAGUUCCAUGUUGUGCUUGAUAAUAGUAGUGAUAUGGAGUGACAUUGACAGCAUACUGUAGAACCAAACAUAUAGGAUUUUGGGAGAAACGUUAAAUUUGAUUUAUUACUCUUCUUUGCACUGAAUUAUUUAAUCUUCCUUUCAUUCAUUUAGUCCUAAAGCACUGAUAUUUUCUGUAGCACACAAAUGAUUGUUCCGUUUUGGUUGGUCACUUUGUAAAAGAUCCACAAGAGAAUGACUGUUUGAGUGUUUGGGGUUAUGUGAGAAAAAAACGAUGAACUAAUAGAUGUCAUCUGGAGUGCUACUUGACCAAACUGAACUUUUAUACUAAUAGAUAGUUUGUGUCUCAAUUGUACAUUCCAUUCUUGGAGUCUAUUUAAAUAAACAAGUGUGUAAAAUGA